CGAUAGCGUUAUGCCACAGUGCGAUCGCCUCCCUGUGUCAGCGCUAGUGUGUCCGUGUGUGGAGCUAGCCUAGCACGCAGCGAUCUGACUGGCCAUGGUCUCCCCUUCGUCAGCUCUCCCCAAGGUCGCCGACGAGGCCACCCCUCGCCGCGCCAAGUGGUGGUACGUGACGUUCCACAACGUCACCGCGAUGGUCGGCGCCGGCGUGCUCAGCCUGCCGUACGCCAUGGCUCACCUGGGAUGGGGCCCCGGGAUGGUGGCGCUGCUGGCGUCGUGGGGGAUCACGCUGUACACGCUGCGUCUGCUGAUCGAGCUGCACGAGUGCGUGCCCGGCGUGCGGUUCGACCGGCUCCGCGACCUCGGCGCGCACGCGCUGGGCCCGCGCCUGGGGCCCUGGGUGGUGGUGCCGCAGCAGCUCAUCGUGCAGCUCGGCUGCGACAUGGUGUACAUGGUGACGGGGGGCAAGUGCCUGCAGAAGUUCGCCGAGUCCGCGUGCCCGCGCUGCGCGCCGCUGCACCGGUCCUACUGGAUCUGCAUCUUCGGCUCCUCCCAAUUCCUGCUGUCGCAGCUGCCCAACCUCGACGCCAUCACCGCCGUGUCCUUCGCCGCCGCGGCCAUGUCGCUCUGCUACUCGACCAUCUCGUGGGCCGCGUGCGUGGCGCGCGGUCCGGUGCCCGGGGUGAGCUACGACGCGUACAAGGCCGGCACCGGCACCGGCACGGCGGCGGACUCGGCGUUCCGGGUGUUCAGCGCGCUGGGGCAGGUGGCGUUCGCGUACGCGGGGCACGGCGUGGUGCUGGAAAUCCAGGCCACCAUCCCGUCCACGCCCACCAAGCCGUCCCGGGCGCCCAUGUGGAAGGGCACCGUCGCCGCGUACCUCGUCACCGCCGCGUGCUACUUCCCCGUGGCGGUCGCCGGGUACUGGGCCUUCGGGCGCGACGUCGGCGACAACGUCCUCGUGGCGCUGCAACGCCCGCCCUGGCUCGUCGCCGCCGCCAACAUGAUGGUCGUCAUCCAUGUCGUCGGAAGCUAUCAGGUAUAUGCGAUGCCGAUGUUCGAAAGCAUCGAGACGAUUAUGGCCACAAGGUUCAGGCUGCCGCGAGGGUUGCUCCUCCGUCUAGUGGCCCGAUCGGCCUACGUUGCAUUCACACUGUUCGUGGCGGUGACCUUCCCGUUCUUCGGCGACCUCCUAGGCUUCUUCGGAGGGUUUGGGUUCACGCCGACCUCCUACUUCCUCCCCUGCGUUCUGUGGCUGAAGAUCAAGAAGCCGCCGAGGUUCAGCGCGUCGUGGUGUGCCAACUGGGGCUGCAUCAUCGUCGGAGUGCUGCUGAUGCUUGUGUCCACCAUCGGCGGCUUACGGAGCAUCGUCCAAGACGCAUCGACGUUCCAGUUCUACUCCUGAAGCCCUCACACUUGCAUGUACCUCUACACUCACAUGGUUCCAGCAAGUCGUCACCCUCGCUCGUCCACGCAGCUCUACCUCUACAUUUUGUUGCAAGCUUGAGGGUGUCCGGGUGUGGCUGCAGCCUGCCGAAAUGCAGAGGACGAUGCAGCAAACUGUACACUCGCUAAGACGUACGGUUGUGUGUUCUACGGAUGGGGGGGGGGGGGGGGGGGGGGGCUUUCCUGUGCGCGCCCAGCUCAAUCUGCAAGGUGUGGUUGCAACAGGCAGAUCAGACGAAUCGUUUAGCCGUAGUGAAAAAUAUAAAAUCACUAUCUUUAAUGCGAUCAUCUGAUAUGUGAA